UAUCAUUCUAUAUACAAGGAGUUUGAUAUUCAAAUGACAAACAUUUUAAAACGAAUGUGGAUGUGUUUAAGCAAUAUUUAAUAAUAAAAUCAUCUGUCAAGGAUAUCAAAUAAGGGGGAUUUCCUAAGACCAAUGCGUCUAAAGCGUACUGAAGACGGAACAUUUUAUGAUCAUGGUAAAGAUGGUGAUGGGAUCAACCAGCAUUGUGCCACUGUGCUCCACACUACUGUUGAGCCACUAGGUAUUGGAUUGGAAUUGGGAUUGGGUAACCAAGUCAAUUAUUUAGCCACGACGACGACAAAGCAAAGCAACAAUAAGGCCAAAGGCAUAACCAACAACAAGCUAAAGCGAAGCUCAGCAAAGCAUUUUUAAAAUAUUCCGGGGGCCCUAGAAUUUUGUAAGAUUUAGAUUUUAAGGCACACACGCGAAAUGACGGUGGACUUUAACGAUUAUUUUUGGGGGGAGAAAAACAAUGGAUUCGAUGUGCUGUAUCAUAAUAUGAAGUACGGGCUGGUGGCCAGCAAGGAGCUGUCAGAGUUUCUGCGCGAGAAAUCGAACAUAGAGGAGCAGAACUCGAAAAUGAUGUCCAAGUUGGCCCACAAGGCCAGCACGGGCACAUUGAACAGCACCUUUGCACCAGUUUGGACCAUAUUACGCACCUCGGCGGAAAAGCUGUCAACGCUGCACAUGCAAAUGGUGCAGAAGUUGACGGAGCUGGUCAAAGAUGUGGCCAAGUACGCCGAUGAGCUGCACAAGAAACACAAGUGCGUCAAAGAGGAGGAAUCGCACACGCUCGAGUGCGUUCAGGCCAUACAAACAUCAACAGUUGCUGUGCAAAAGCUGCGCGAUUUAUAUGCCAGCAAGGUGCUCGAGCUGGAAAAGCUUCGCAAAGACAAUGGCUCCCACAAGGAUGCCGAGAAGCUGGAGAGUAAACUUAAAAAACUGCAGGAGGAUUAUAAAGCGCUACUCGAGAAGCAUAAUCCGAUCAAGAACGAGUUUGAGCGACGCAUGACGCAAACGUGCAGGCGUUUCCAAGAGAUCGAGGAGGUGCAUCUGCGUCAGAUGAAAGAGUUUCUAUCCACUUACUUGGAGAUGCUGCAGAACAAUCACGAUAUGGUCGGACAAGUGCAUUCGGACUUCAAGCGCCAAUUUGUGGACAUGUCCGUUGAUAAGCUACUCGAGCAAUUUGUAUUAAAUAAAUACACGGGUCUCGAGAAGCCCGAGAUGCUCGAGCUGGAAUUUAUUCCGCUGUCAAAUGCAUCGCGUCUGCAGCAGCCGCCUCAGGCAACAGGCGCGGCAUCAAAUUCGAAUUCGGCAACCAGCAUUCAGGCUGCUUUGCGUACGGGUGGCACAGCAGCAGCAGCUUCGGGUAGUCUGGUUUCGAUGGACCAACGGGGCGGAGGCGGUGCCGGUGUUGGCGAUGCACUUGCGGGCAUCUCAUUGGGCAGCGGCAGUGCGGCCAGCGGAAGCAUUCCCUAUGUAGACGAUGCGAUGCUGGGCAGCGUGGGCGGUGGUCCGUCAUCGCCACGGCCCACUUCGCCGGAAACGUUGGGGGCACAGCCGCCGCCGCCGGUGCCGCCACAAGCGAGCACCGCUACGUCAACGGUAAAGAGUCUGCGCUCUUGGUUCUUGCCGACGGCCAGCAAACAGCAACCGCAGCAGAGCGCCAGCUCUGUUAGCGCUGGGAAUUUCGGUAUGCCUGGCAACAGCAACAGUAGCAGCUCCAACAACAACAAUUACAACACGAACAUCACAACAACAACAACAAGCGUCAACUCGAACACCAACAACACCACAGCAACCGGCACAAAUAAUUUCACCACCAAUGUCACCAACAAAAAUAUCCCUAACUCAGAGCUUCUGGAUACAACUAGUAGUCAAGAUCAGCAACAGCAGCAACAACAACAAGACCAACAACAACAACAACAGCAGCAGCAGCCAAAUGAGGUCUUAACACCAACUGCUAGCGCAGCUGAUAGAAAACAAUUGAAUGCAACGACAAGCGAUCAGCAAUUAUCGAAAUCAUUAAACGAUCAAGAUCAUCUAAAUCAUCAGCAACAUCAACAACAACAACAACAGACUGCAGUGGGUAACAACGCAGCCACGCCAACAGGAACAACAACAACGUCCAGACGUACAACGUCACUUUUAAAUAUAUUCACAUCAAACUCUCAGGUUUCGGGCAUUUUGCGUAGUAGACGCGAUAAGGCGAAAACCAAAAAAUCCAAGAAGAAAAAAGACAACGAGGCUGCAGAUCACAAUAUCCAGGAAGAGCGUUUGGCCAGUGCGGAUCGGGGGAAUAACACAUUACUCGACUAUGAUGAUCACGGACGCAGCAUGAAAACUCAAAAUUCCAGCGGCAGCAGCGCAGGCGGUGGGCUGGCUGCCCUGUCCGCCACCUCGGCCCAAGGCAGCGUUGACUCGGCGGGCGCCAGUAGCAUGGGUGGCAGCGGGGGCGGCGUGGCUGUAGCCGGUGCUCUAGCCAAUGCCAGCAGCAACUCUGGAGUGGGUGGAGCUAGUGCGAGUGCAGCGGGCGCAGGUGCUGUCGGUGGAACCAAUGCCGGUGGAGGUGGGUACGAAGUGGACGAAGAGGGCUUUAGCAUACAGCCAGCUAAGGAAAUAGCCUGGGAGGAGGGCCACGAUAAAUCAGCUGGCAGCUUCUACACCGACUCAGACUCUGAUUCGGAUAACGACAAGCGACGCAUUCAUGUGAAGAUAAAGCCACUCAACAAUGGACAGGCGCCCAUGUCGGCUAGCGUGGAUGAGCUGAGAGCAACUGUCGAGAAUAUUUCGUUAUCACCCACUGGAGUUUUUGCGCACCAUAGCCAACAACUGCAAGGUGGGCAACGCGGCGCACCUGCAUCUCGUCAACAGUCACCAGAGAUAUCGAAUGCAUCAACGCCCACGGCAAGCGUGCACCCAUAUGCGCCACUGCAGAGUCCCACGCUCUCCAAUAAUAAUGCGAACAACAAUACUAGCCACAAUCGGUAUGCGGACUUGGGCGAUAUUUUCUCGGAGCUGGGCGAAGUGAGCGUCUCGGCGCCAGCAUCGGCUACGUUUAGUAAGCCGCCAGGGCGGCAGAUACCAACACCCACAUCUGGUGGCAGCAGCAUUGCCAUUCCGCGCCCUCCUUCACGGCGCUCGGAUAUGAUUGCCAUUGGCCCGGCAGCAUCUGCGGCGGCUGCUGCGGGUGCAACAAACCUUGGACGUGGACGGAUGAGUCCAGCGCCAGCAAUGAAUCGAGCGGACAGCAUUGGCAGCUUAGAGUUUCGCACCGCCAUUGGGGGCAUGGGCUCGUCUCGUGGGCCGUCGCCACUGACAAUCGGCAUAUCGGAUACAAUACCACUUGCUGUGGCAUUCCAUGAGAUUAUACACGCCUAUUUCAGGGGCAGCGACGAGUCGCGCUGCCAGGUGAAGGUGUCCGGUGAUAUGAUGCUAUCAUUCCCAGCCGGCAUUGCCGGUCUGUUAGCCAAUAAUCCAAAUCCAGCUAAGCUGGGCUUUCGCAUUAAGCAAGUACAAAAUCUGGAGAGUCUUGUACCCAACGGGAAACUUGUGCAAAUAGAUCGUCAACAGUCGAGCGCGCUGAGCACGCUGUUGGAGUUUAAUAUGCCUGCGUUGACAGCAUUGCUGCGCAGGCAGGCGGAGAAAAAUCCAACUGCCUCAUAUUACAACGUGGACAUACUCAAAUAUCAGGUGCGCACCAAGCCGGGCGCCAGCUCGUGUCCCCUUCAGCUGGUCAGCUACUGGAAGUGCGAGCCGAGCUACACGGCGCUCAAGGUUGACUACAAGUACAAUAAUCAUGCCAUGGCCAACGCGUCGCCCUUGUUGAAUGUCACACUCUCUGUGCCGGUGAAUGGCUCCGUGCGCAUUGUUCAGUCUAAGCCGCAUUCAUCCUGGUUGGGUGAAUCGAAUCGCUUGGUUUGGAACUUUACGGACAUAUCGCAGAAUUCACAGGAUGGCGGCGUGGGUACGCUUCGUGCACGGCUCGAGCUGAAUGAUGGGCCUUCAACGCCGGCCACGCUGGCCGCACAGUUCAAUUGUGAGGGUACCACACUCUCGGGCAUUGAAUUUGAACUGCAAGGAGGCGGAUAUCGAUUGUCCUUGGUGAAAAGACGUUUUGUUUCGGGCAAAUACGUUUGCGAGGGUGAUGGCAUACGCAGCGGUGCCACGCCCACACCGCCCUCGGUCGGAUCGACUAGUCCGUAUUCAGCUAAAUCGAAUUAGUGAGACAAUACGCUUGUUAAAACCCUAGCGAAAUACGUAUUUAAAACCUGAAAACUAAAAGAAGAAAAUGACUACAACCAAUUUUGUAAUACGGCAGUAGGGUAUUGGGCAUUGAAUGGAUGUGGAUGUGGAUGUUAGUGGACUCACCUGUGUUUAGCUACUCUCCGUUUUUGGGUUAUCAUUAUAAUGUAUUUUUGUAUCACUUGUACUGUUGAAUCUGAUUGAAUUGGAUGGCCUGUUUUAGUGUAGCCGUAACAACUGGAUGUAUUAUUUGUUAUAUUUAUAUACACUAUAUAUUAUAUAUAUAUAUGAUAUGCUUAGAAAUGUA